UCCACCGCGGCCCUAGACCCUUCUCUUCUCCGCAGUCCGCCCGUGUAAUCGCAGCAGCUAAGACAUGGCCAUGGCCACCGUGAGGGAGCACGUCCUGCUCAGCCAGCCCGGCAAGCAGGUCCUGCUCGCCGAGAUCCCGGCGUCAGCCUCGCGCGACUCGCAGCCGGCGGUCACGCUCCGGCUGCUCGUUGAGCAGUGCAGCGACUACGGUGCCGGCCCCGCGGACGUCGACACGGUGGAGGACGUGGCCUGCCGCGUGCCGCUCGCCGACCUGGUUCGCCAGGGGGCGGCGGAGCGGGCGUUCAAGGAGCUGGUGGCCCGGAUCGACAACCCGGCGCUGCGCCCGGAGGUCGCGGCGGAGACCGCGGCGGCCGCGGUGCGCGUCCGGGCGAGGUGCGGGGCCGACGACCGCGACGGGCUCCGCGGCGUGGAGUUCCGCCUCCGCGUCACGUUCAUCGACGACGCGUCCAGGGAAGAGGAGGAGGCGGACCACGACGACGACGAGUGCGGGAGCGACAUGGAGUUCGGGGAGUUCGAUCUGAGCGGCGCGCGGAGCCUGCGCGGCCAGCAGACCGACGCCAGCUACGACUACGAGGAGGAGGACGACGACGAGGACGGCUGCGGCGCCCAGUUCACGGUGCGCCCCUACCGCGGCGCCCUCGCGCGAGGGGCGCCGUCGUCCAUGCUGCUGUCUGGCUUCGAGGCGCGCUCCGACGGGCCCGAGCUCACGGAGGAGCACGAGGUGACGUCGUACGACAUACAGCGCGUCGUGCGCAAGGCGCUGGGCGGCGGCGGGAGCGUGGAGGACGACGAGGCAUACCUGCGCGCGCUGGACGGCGGCACGCCCGUGUCGCCGGCGUCGCGCGCCGCCAUGGUCGGCCAGGCGCUGCAGUCCGCGAGGCAGCAGCAGCAGCAGCAGCGGUCGAAGUCGCCACGCCCAAUCUUCCCGAUGCGUACCGGAUUCUGAUGCGCGCCCGAUUGGAUUGCAAACUUGUGAUGUUACUCUUCUGUGAAGGGCUAAACCUGUUGCGAUUUGUAUGUCUGUAAGCCGAUUUUGUAGCCAUCCAUUGAAGUCCGUUUCAUUUCUUCUUGGUAGAAAAUAUGCAGCUGCAUCUUACCACAGCCGAAGUAAAUCAGGAACGAUAUGCUAUCAAAAUCAUAAGAAUUUGUUUCCC